AUGGCGUCCCAAACACCGGCCGUUGUCAUGGACAACGGAACCGGCUUCUCCAAACUCGGAUUCGCCGGAAACGAUGCUCCUUCAUGGGUGUUCCCCACUGCUAUCGCGACAAAAGGCCCUGCUGCCGGAGGUGGUGGAACGGGCUCUGGAAGACCUGCUGUUGCAAACAAGCCUUCUUAUUUGACUGGCGGAGCAGGUGCCAGUUCCAACUUGGCUGGAAAACGCGGGACAGAAGAUCUUGACUUUUUCAUCGGAGAUGAGGCCCUUGCUGCCGGCGCUGGCCCUGGCUAUGGUGUCCACUAUCCGAUCCGUCACGGUCAGAUUGAGAACUGGGAUCACAUGGAACGCUUCUGGUCCAACUCCAUCUUCAAAUACCUAAGAGUCGAGCCUGAAGAUCACUACUUCCUUCUCACUGAACCUCCUCUAAAUCCUCCAGAGAACCGAGAAAACACUGCCGAAAUCAUGUUCGAAUCGUUCAAUUGCGCCGGUCUUUACAUCGCCGUACAAGCCGUUCUGGCACUGGCAGCGUCUUGGACUUCCUCCAAAGUGACAGACAGAUCACUUACAGGAACAGUCAUUGAUUCUGGAGACGGUGUCACCCACGUUAUCCCGGUUGCUGAGGGUUACGUUAUUGGGUCGUCGAUCAAAAGCAUCCCAAUUGCUGGUCGAGACAUCACAUAUUUUGUUCAGAGUCUUCUACGAGAUCGAGGCGAACCAGACAGCAGUUUGAAAACAGCAGAAAAGGUCAAGGAAGAAUAUUGCUAUGUCUGCCCGGAUAUGGUCAAGGAAUUUGCCCGUUAUGACCGAGAGCCUGAUCGGUUCCUCAAGCACACUGUCACAGCCCCUAAUGGCAGAUCUGUCUCCAUUGACGUUGGCUACGAACGCUUCCUCGCACCUGAGAUCUUUUUCAAUCCAGAAAUAUACUCCUCCGACUUUUUGACCCCUCUACCAACAGUGGUGGAUGGCGUUAUUCAAUCCUCGCCAAUUGAUGUCCGUCGAGGGCUGUACAAGAAUAUUGUUCUAUCUGGUGGCUCGACUCUAUACAAAGACUUUGGCCGCAGAUUGCAGCGAGAUAUCCGACAUUUGGUGGAUGCACGUAUCAAGGCGUCUGAGACACGAAGUGGAGGAGCCCGGAGUGGUGGGUUAGAAGUCCAGGUCGUAACGCACAAACGACAAAGACAUGGACCGUGGUUCGGAGGCAGCUUGCUUGGACAGACCCCGGAGUUCCGGAGUUAUUGCCACACAAAAGCAGAGUACGAUGAGAUAGGCCCCAGUAUUGUCAGGAGGUUUGCCCUCCUUGGUGGACCUGGUAGCACUUAG